AUGGUGCCGAUAGCCAUCCGUAGAGCAAGUUGCAAUGCUCAGUUCUAUGCGUAUCGUUACACGUACAACUGGGGAUCGUCUCUCUCCUCUAUCCUCUCUCUCUCUCUCUUUCUUUCUCUCUCUGUGUCUGUGUGUGUGUCUCUCUCUCUCUCUGACAUAUCUGUCCCUUUUCUAAUCUUUAUCUGUUUUCUUUCUUUCUUUCUUUCUUUCUUUCUUUCUUUCUUUCUUUCUCCUCCGUCUUUCUUUCACUUUUCCGAUUCCCUCUGUCUUUUUUUCUUUCUUUCUUUCUUUCUUUCUUUCUUUCUUUCUUUUCUGAUUCCCUCAAUCUUUUUCUUUCUUUCUUUCUUUCUUUGUUUCUUUCUUUGUUUCUUUCUGUCUUUCUUUCUAUUCCUUCCACUUUUCCGAUUCUCUCUGUCUUUUUCUUUCUUUCUUUCUUUCUUUCUUUCUUUCUUUCUUUCUUUCUUUCUUUCUUUCUAUUCCUUCCACUUUUCCGAUUUCCUCUGUCUUUUUCUUUCUUUCUUUGUUUCUCUCUUUGUUUCUUUCUUUCUUUCUUUCUAUUCUUUCCACUUCUCCGAUUCCCUCUGUAUUUUUCUUUCUUUCUUUCUUUCUUUCUUUCUUUCUUUCUUUCUUUCUUUCUUUCUAUUCCUUCCACUUUUCCGAUUCCCUCUGUCUUCUUUCUUUCUUUAUUUCUUUCUUUCUUUCUUUCUUUCUUUCUUCUCCUCUUCUUCUUCAAUCUCUAUUUUCCUUUGUAUUUUCUUGUUUUUUCAUCUCUCUAUUUGUUUCUUUCUCUACAUUUCCCUUUCUUUCUUUUCCCUCUUCCUUUUUUCCCCUGUAUAUUUCUACCUCUCUUUCUAUUCCUUUACUCUUUUCUGUCGCUUUCAUUCUCUACAUGUAUCUUUCUUUCUUUUCCUUUCUCCCUCUUUCAUUCCCUCUUCCUUUUUAUUUCAUAUUUGGUUUCUUUUUCAAUCUCUCUCUCCCCCUCCCUGUAUUUUUAUGUUCUUUUUACAUCUCUCUCUCUCUCUUUCUCCCUCUCUCGCUUUCUCUAUCUUUUCCAAAUAA